UUCUGUCUCCUUGCCGACCUCCAGCAGCCCACCAUCUUCUAUCACCAAACUCCUUGCCACUACCAACCUGCCAUCGUCGACCUGAUCGCAAUCCUUCCCGUGGUGGAAAUGAUGGGCACCUAAGCCGUUCCCCCCAGCCACGGCCUCGUAUCCAUACCUUGCACUUCUUCCAUCAUCGCCGCCGUCGCCGCCGUCGCCGCCAUGCGACUCUUUUGGUACGCCGGGACAUCAACCGCCCUGGCGGUCGGCGUCGUCGCCUAUGCCUUCAACCAGCGCGCCAACUUCUACUCUGCCAUGGUUUACCUAUCGCAAAACAACCUUAGCCUCAUGAUCCUCGUGAACCUGGUCCUCCUGAUUUAUGGCUCCUUUGUCUGGGGCCUUCAACGAUUGUGUUAUGGCCCCCUCCGCCCCGUCGAAAUCGAACAGCUGUACGAGAAAGCCUGGUUCGCCGUAACCGAGACCUGCCUCGCCAUGACCAUCUUCCGCGAAGAGGUUGGCGCCUGGUUUCUCGUCAUGUUCACAGCUCUAGUCACCGGAAAGGUCUGGGAGUGGAUUGGCGAAGGACGCGUCGAGGUACUCGAGCAGCAGCCCCCCGCUAACCCGCGCCUCUUCCACACGAGACUCAGCAUAUCCCUCCUGCUCAGCGUCGUAUACGAUACUUGGCUGUUCACCUACACGGUCAAUGCCGUCAUCCAGCAAGCUCGACCCAACAUGAUGGUUAUGUUCUUGUUCGAAUUCGCUGUCUUGGCUACCUGCUCGUUCCGCACCGGCUUCCGAUACGCCUUGUCGCUGGUUGAAGCCGACAUCGUCAGAAAGCAGACCCGCCAGCGACUAGAGAACCGACGUAAGCAAGUCCGAGAACAGCGUGCCGAUAUCAUGAGGCGCCGGGAAUCUGGGGAUGCCGCGGAGGCAGCCGCCGCAGAGCAGGAGGAGCUGCCCAGCGAGGAGGAUAUUGAUGUGACCGAUAUCGAAGUGCCCGGCUGGGAAUCUAAGGGGCAAUGGGUCCUAAGCCUCGACCUACUAACUGACUUCGUCAAGCUUGGGAUCUAUUCGGCGUUUUUCGCCAUCUUAAUGAUGUUCUAUGGUCUACCUAUCCACAUCAUGCGCGAUCUGUUCAUGACAGCUCGAUCCUUUGUCAAACGUCUCAGUGCCCUGAUGCGAUAUCGUAAAGCGCUGCAGGACAUGAAUAAGUACCCGGAUGCCACGCACGAGGAGCUAGCGCGUGAGGACACAUGCAUCAUCUGCCGAGAAGAGAUGAGGCCCUGGGACCCAUCUGUAGGUGCGGUAGAGCGGUCUCGUCCGAAGAAGCUUCCCUGCGGCCACAUCUUGCACUUUGGGUGUCUCAAGAGUUGGUUAGAGAGACAGCAGGUAUGCCCAACCUGCCGUCGCCCAGUUGCAAUCGAGGGUGGCGCCCCCAAUGGCGCCCCAGGUGCGAAUUUUGGCGGCCAGCCUCAGGCUCCGGGUCAACCAGCACCAGGCAAUAGAGCAGCCAAUGGUGGUCAGCCCGCCCCGGCCCGUGGUGCUGGCAAUAUGCGGGUAUUUCAGUUUGGUCCAAUUCGGCUGGGGUUUGCACAGGGCAACGCCGAAAACAUUCAUGAGAUGGCACAACGACUCCGUCUCCCCCUGGGUGGCGUCGACGCCCCCGCACCGGCGCCCCCGGCACCGGUUCCGGCCCCCCAGGCGGCCGCUGUCCGUCCUAACGAUAGACUUCUCCACCUGCUCCAGAUACAAACACAGCUAUAUGACAUAUCGGAGCAGAUUCAAGGAGAGUUAAGGACCGUACAGGCGAGCCAGGCCGAAUUGCAGGUUCUCCAUCAUUUGCUGCUAGAGUUCGACCGCGUUCGCGGCCCGCCUCUGGAGCCUGAAACUGCGCCGGCGGCCCAAAACGGACAGCCAGGCGUCAACGUCCAGUUUACUUCUUACCAACCUAUCGUGCCACACCAACCCCUUCCCCAUUUUCAACCGAUGACACAGACACCUCCCUUUCUACCCUUCCCCUCUACUUUGACACCGACCGUGACCAGACACGGCGGUGUACCCUAUUCUGCUGCCAUCCCUGCCGGCAGUCCAGAACUUCCCGAAGGAGUUGUCAUCCCUCCUGGCUGGUCAUUGCUGCCUCUGCAGCGCCUCGAUGGCCAGCCAUCACAGCCUACGGGUACCCACCAACCCGCCCAACAGGUUGAUACCAAUGGCCAACAGCCACAGGCCGCCGAAGCGGCCAACACGAGUGCCGUCACCACCAGCGCUGCCUCGGUUUCACGACCGUCGAAUUCUAGGGCUGGAGAGGCCGACCUCCGACGUCGCGAGGCGUCCCGUGGCGGACUUGUAGAGAGUUCUACUCCGACUGCUUCACAUCAACAGAGAGAGCCUCCGGUCGUUGCGGCCCCUACGCCGGUUAUGCCCAAUUGGGGCAGUGCUGCACGGCUUUUUGCCGGUAGUAGCGCCGACAGCUCUGCCUCUACGGCUGAGACGGGGACAAGAGCCGAGGAGGCCACGACUUCUGAGGAAACCCAUAGUCAGAGCUCGGACGACGAGCAUGAGGCACCAAGCAGCGACGCGAAAGGGAAGGCGAAGGCAGUGACGGUCGAGGACGCGGAGGAUGAAUAGAUUCGUUUAUGCUGUCUUUCCGAGUCAUGUUUCUGAGCCCGUUCGCGCGGGAAAACUGCAUCAGGGCAAGGCGUUGGUGGGGUUCCGGAGAUUCAUGUCUAGAAAAACACUGAACUGUCGAGUUAUACCUAAUCAUCAGGGAAUCUCCCACCUCAGCACUUGACCUCAGGGGAGGAUAUGUCUAGGCACCCACGGCUCUGAUUCGACUUUGCACCAUCAGAGGGCGGUGCCGAUGGAAAAUGAUGUAUCUACACGAAGUCAGUGGGUAACAAAGUGGCCAUCGUCCUGGCAGGGUGAGAUCGAUGAGAUCUUUUUUUUUUCGCAGACGGUGGUAUUCUAAGGCUCAGUAGAACGAGUAAUUGCCAUCGCGCUAUCACGUCCUGAGAUACUCAUUUCGAGAACGGAUGUUUAUAAAUAUGCUCAUUAAUCAAGUCUUGGCCUCGGGAAGUAGUCUAUCAUGCUAUGAACAUUUCCCGCCGCCAUUGCCACUGUUG